AUGCACUUGCCCAAGCUCGAAGAGGGCUUCGUCGAGCCCAGGUCGUGGACAAACUCGUUUUCGAGGAACUCCUUGUGGCGGUUCUGCGAUAUCAUCUUGUCCAUAAUACUGUUGAGGUUCUUGGUGUUCGUCGGAGUCAUAGGCCUUGUCGGUGGGUCACCGGGCAACCGUGGGAGGUCAAGGAUGUCUGUCAGGCUGCGCAUUGCUGGACUGGUCGAUGGCCACGCGAAGUCUCGAACUUUGUGGACAAGCCGCGUGCCGACCACGUACACGCGGGCCCUGGAUUGCGGCAUGCCGUAG